UUUGUCCCCCGGAAGUGUUUCUCCUUAUCCAACGAGGUCAUAAUGGCGGCUCGCUGCAUGUGAAGGGGUCGAAACAAGAGCCGGCUUAAUGAGUGGAGAACAUGUAUAAAACGCCAUGUUGCAGACUGUCAGGUUUGGUUGGUCUAAGUGUGAAACAGAAAUUAGUCCUAAAUGUUCCUCAAUGUAACCAGAGUGCUCGCAACCUCAUUCAGCUGCACAGAAGGGAUCCAUCAAACUGGCUGACGUACCAGCACCUGAUCUUCCUGAAACGCCAGUAUGUAACAAAGAACAACAAUGAGCUUCACCAACGUGCCAUCCCGAAGCAGGCUCCCGCCCUGACCAUAGUGAAUGAGAGGGAAGACACCAUUGAAAGACAGGUGCAGAGAAUACUAACUAUUGAUCCUGUGGACAGACAUACUGUGUCACAGCCAGAGGAUGUCAACAGUGAAGCACAGCCUGGAAUAUCCACCUUGAAGCCCGUUACAGAAGAUGCAGCAGAACAGAGAGAUUCUGUGUCCGGUACAGUUGGGACAUCCCAUGAGACUCCCCAUGUCCACGUGGAGACGGAUAAAGCAAAGGAGGAACGUCUAGACAGACAGUGGAAGCAGGUCAAGGUCAAUGUGGCUGACUUGCCGGAUGUCUACGCCAAGCUAGCCAAAAUCAAACUCACAGCGCUGGUGGUUACGAGUGCAGUGGCCGGCUUCGCCAUGGCUCCAGUGCCAUUUGACCCUCUGCUCUUCUUCGUGUCCUCUCUGGGAAUAGGCCUCGCCUCUUGUACUGCCAACACAAUCAACCAGUACUUUGAGGUGCCCUUCGACUCCAACAUGAAUCGUACCAAGAACCGACCACUCGUCAGAGGACAAAUCAGCCCCCUCCAUGCGGUGUCCUUUGCUCUGGGCUGUGGAAUUCCCGGAGUGGCCCUGCUCACGCUGGCCGUUAACCCCCUGACGGGCUUCCUGGGGGCCCUCAACAUCUUCCUCUACACCUGUUGCUACACUCCGCUCAAGAGGCUCAGCAUCACCAACACCUGGGUGGGAGCGGUGGUGGGGGCCCUCCCCCCCGUCAUGGGCUGGACGGCUGCUACGGGGUGUCUGGGCCAAGGUGCUCUGUUGAUGGGUGGUUUCCUGUACUGCUGGCAAUUCCCUCACUUCAACGCGCUCAGCUGGAACCUGAGGGAGGACUACUCCCGCGGCGGCUACAGAAUGAUGUCCGUCACCCACCCCAGCAUGUGCAAGCGGGUGGCCCUGCGCCACAGCUUGGGCCUCAUCGGCCUCUCCACCUUGGCCCCGGUGCUGGACGUCACCACCUGGACCUUCCCCAUCAUCUCCCUGCCCAUCAACCUGUACAUCAGCUACCUGGCCUUCCGCUUCUACCGCGAGGGCGACCGCGGCAGCGCCCGCAAGCUGUUCUUCUGCAGCCUGUGGCACCUGCCCAUGCUGCUGCUGCUGGCCUUCACCUGCAAGAAGCCCCGCAGAGACCCCGAGGAACCCCCCGCAGCCUCUUUAGCCCUCGCUCUGCAAAGCUCACUGCCUUCCUAAACACUUCUUAGACCUCUGAGAGCUUUUAUUUUUACUGAGAUGCUCCCUCAGUGUCUUCAACCACUCGUGCUCAGAGGGGUCUGCAUAAUAGACACAUUAUUUUAUCCGUGUGCUUUAAGGUGGUCACUGCAGAUCAGCAAAUGAGCUGGAAAUGAUUUGGAUCAAAAAUAUCUGAUUUACAGAAAACACACAUCAGUUUGUUGUCAUUUCAAAUGCGUGUGUGUACUGUAUAUAUUCUGUAUUUAUUUAUAUUGGGGUUCCUCUCCAUGUUGUACAUGACUGAUGUUCAAUUUAUUGUACAGUGACUGUAAAUCGCUCCUAUGGAUCCACACAGGGUUCACUGUCUGCAUUGCACAAAUGCAAAAUAGAAGAAGAGGAUAUUUAAAGGACGUGAAGACAUCAUGGUGAUCACAGGAUCUCUGUUGGAGUUCUCAGUCAAUGUUUAAAAAUAAGAGAAAAAUAUAAACUAUAUGAAGCAGCUAUGACAAUGCACCUGAUAUCUAUUCAUUGUGUUUUCACUUUCUAUCAUUCUUUGAGAUGCCUCUUUGUAUUUCGCUUCUCAGCAAAAGCACUGAUGUGUCUUCAUUUUUUCUCAUUAUGGUUUAAUUACAAAACGAAGGGAAUAUCUAACCCCUGUACACAAGGGCAAAUGUUCUCUUACAAUAAAUGCCUCAUGAUUGUUA